GAUGAACGGCUUAUAGCAAGCUGAAAAAUGCUGGUUCCCGAAAACGCGCAUGAUAUAUUUUAGUCAUCAAAGAGAAGUAACCAAUAUUAACAAUUUCGCAAACAUGGCUGCUGUCGAUGUCGAAAAGCCGGGAUUUUCAUUUGAAAAUUGCUCCAGAAACCGCCAUUUAGAGAAAAUAGGACUGAAAGCUCCAACAGCAUAUAAAACUGGAACCACAAUAGCUGGCAUCAUUUACAAGGAUGGAGUUGUUCUGGGGGCCGAUACAAGGGCAACAGAAGACACAAUUGUUGCUGAUAAAAACUGUAGUAAAAUACAUUACCUAGCCGACAACAUGUAUUGUUGUGGGGCUGGUACUGCAGCAGAUACGGAAAUGACCACGCAGAUGAUCGCCUCACAAUUAGAUCUUCACAAAUUAAAUACAGGCAGAACACCACGUGUUGCUACAGCCAACAGGCUUCUUAAACAGAUGUUAUUCAGAUAUCAAGGUUAUAUCAGUGCUGCCCUAGUUUUGGGCGGGGUUGAUGUAACGGGACCACACCUGUAUUCUAUACAUCCACACGGUUCUACAGAUAAACUACCAUAUGUUACUAUGGGUUCUGGAUCACUGGCUGCUAUGGCAACGUUUGAAGCAGGAUUUAAACCUAAUAUGGAGAAAGCGGAGGCAUUGAAACUUGUACGAGAUGCUAUCGCCGCGGGUAUAUUCAACGAUCUAGGAUCAGGAUCUAAUAUAGAUCUGUGUGUUAUCACCGAGGGAAAGGUAGAAUAUCUUCGCCCCUAUGACGAGGCUAAUGUGAAAGGACAACGGGAAGGUAACUAUGGAUUCAAGAGAGGAAGUACAGCCAUUAUAAGUACAGAGGUGAAGAAAAUUCCAUUUGAUGUCGUGUCUACAGAGGUCAGUGCCUCGGCCAUGGAUACAGCGUGAUGGAAAUAAUUCUUCUGUGAUUUAUUGUGGACAUUACUGAACUUCUUAACAUUAAAACUCAUCUGAACUAAUAGGAAAAAAAAGUUAAAAGUUAAUUAUUGUUUGUAAUGGUGAAGAUAGUGGCACAGCCUUACAUUGGAGCACUACGAUUGGUCAGUUUAAAAACAAAAAUUGGUUCUCAUUUUAGUUUAUGACUGGUUCCAUAUAUGAUUUAAAAACUCUUUUAGUGAUAUAUAAGUAUUCAAUUUAGAAUCAAUUAAUUUUUCUUAAUAAAUUAAAUUCAUUCUUUUAAUAAUGAUUUCCAUUUGUAUUAAUUUUUUUAUGCCAGAACAGCAGCAUGCAAGACUUGGUCUGCGGAUUUAUUACAACAAUUAAAUCCUGGAUUAUUAAAACAAUGUAUGUGCAAGGGGAACAUUUUGUCAUUGAAAGUGCUAUCUACACAUAAAUUUAUUGUCUGAA